AUUCAGUGCUGACGUGUUGCACGGCGAUGACGAGCCCGGUGCGCGCUCCAAGCUACGACACACCUGCGACGUCCGCAUCCCUGCGCACUGUGACUGUGACUCCUAACUCACCACUCUGACUCACGCCUGACCAUGCACUUUCACCUCUCCUCUCCUCUCCGAUGAACUCAAAACUCUCCAACACGUUACUCUUGACUGUACUCCUCCCCGCAAUCGUCGCAACAACGUCAAGCUGCAGGCAGAUUCCAGAGUCCGAGUCUAGGCCCAUGCAAUCACGAAUCACGAAUUCGCAAAAACCAGCCGCGCAAGUGUCUACGCAUCGUUGCGCCUAUGCCCGGCGGGCGGGCUCUUUUCUGCACGCUUGUCGUCUUAGCAGAAAUCAAGGCGAGCCAAGCAGCAGACGAGAACACAGAUUGGUAUCAUUUGUGCGGGGACAGGGACGAAAAUCGGCGCGUGUGAAAUGGGUGGCGGAUCGAGGACGGCAAAAAAGACAGCAGUUCAAGAGAUGGAUGGCUGGUGUAAGGAGCAUUGGUAAUGUCAAUCAGGGAGAGGGAGGGGGCAAAGAGUAAGAAUGCAGAUGGGUCGAGUGAAAACAGGCGGAAAGGGAGAGUCGACUGGCAAAAGCCUCACGGCAGUUUGAUGCAACAGGCGCAG